AUGAAUCCAAAGACGGGGAAGGUACUACGUGCCUUGAAAAUCAACAAGCAAUCUCAAACGAUAAAGAAAUCAUCAGUGAGUAGGGUACAGCAGAAGGAGCCAGUGAUCAUAUACACGCAAUCACCGAGGAUCAUUCAGACGCACAAGCGUCACUUCAAGGAGCUCGUUCAGAAGCUCACCGGAAUCUAUCGCUCCGAUCUCGACGACGAUACUGCCAUUGGCGACGCCGACGCCUUUAAACCGGCUACUCCACCGUUAAAGAGAGAGUUAAAGGGAGAGUCUGAGGAGAACGAGCCGGCCGCUUCGGUAAGCACGGACGAAGAAGACGGCUGCAACAUGAGCGAGGUGAAAUCCAAUUACAACAAUUUUUCGAUGUUGGAAUCUGAUUUCUUGAAUGACAGUUCCAAUACACCAUUGUUGCACUUCGCCGAUUUGUAUGGAUCCUUAUGAACAACUCUUGAGUUUAUUUCAUGAAAAGAAAAAUAACGUCGGAGUCAACAAGCUGCUGCAAAUUAUUUUCAAGAGGACCACUAAACCCUUGUUUUCAUCCAUCUCUAAUUUACAAUAAAUAAAUUUUCUAUUACUUUCAAUAUUUAUUAUUUAUCAAUAUCUGUAAGAAUAAAUAAACU